AUGCGCGUUGGCGGCCUCUUCGCUGACGCAGAGGAUGCCCCGGUCGCGCAAACCCUGCCGUCGCCCAACCGGUACGGCUACCGGAACCACGCCCGCCUCACGGUCAACAGGCAGGGAUCCCUGGGUUUCGUCAACCGGGAGACCCGCCAGUUCGUGCGGAUCGAACACUGCAUGCUCAUGCGGCCCAGCGUCAACAAGGUCUUGGAGGAACUGCAGGACCGCUGCCGGGAGACCACUCAGCUUUCCAUCCGGGCCGGCUCGGAUGAAGAUGAAUCGCCUGAGGGGUACCUGGUCCAACCGCAGCUUUUCAAUUCUGAAGUUUCCAUAACGACCGGACAGAAACGAUACGUCGAGACCGUCGGGACAGGCCGGUUUUUUGUGUCAUCUCCUUCCUUCUUUCAAGUGAACGUGGAGCAGGCGGCGCAGGCGGCCGAGGUGGUACGAGAGGGGCUGGAGCUGGGACCUGCGGACGUCCUGCUGGAUGCAUUCACCGGUGUUGGCACCUUCGCAGUACUUCUUGCCCCGUACGUGAGCAGGGUGCUUGCCGUCGAGGAGUCGUCGGCCGCUGUGGCCGAUGCCCGGAAGAAUGCGGCAGUUGCCUACGUUUCCUGCGACGCCGAAACACUGGCCCGCGACCUCAAGAUUCUCUGCGCCGGCGGAUACGUUCUCGACCGGGUUAUUCCCAUCGACAUGUUCCCGCAGACCCAUCACGUCGAGUGCGUGGCGCUGCUGCGCUGGAACGGUCCCGCCGCGACAGACUCGCUGGUUCUGGCCUCGGCAUCUCCCCGCAGACGAGAGCUGCUGGACGCGUUGGGGCUGAAUUUCUCGGUGCUGCCCGCCGAUGUGCCGGAGGACCCCAUUCCCGGCGAAACGCCGCAACAGAUGGUGGAACGGCUGUCCCUCGACAAGGCGCUGAAAGUGGCGUCAAAGAUGGAAUCCGGAUUCGUUGUCGGCGGCGACAGCACUGUGGUGCACCUGGGAGAGUCCCUGGGUAAGCCCGCCGACGACGACGAGGCGCGAGCAAUGCUGCGCCGGCUGCGGGGCACGACGCAUCACGUGAGCACCGGCCUGACAGUUGUAAAUACCGCCACUGGAGACUCCCGAACGGCAAGCAUGACCUCGGAGAUAAGCCUGAGAAACUUUUCCGACGCAGAAAUCGAGGCCAGCAUCGCGACCGGAACCCCUCGCGACAAGGCGGGGGCCUACGCUGUCCAGGACACCGAACUGCGGCCUGCCUCGGGAUGGGAGGGCUGCUACCACAACAUCAUUGGCCUGCCCACCUGCCUGCUGUUGCAGUUGCUGGGCGAGCUGGGAUACCGGUGGCCCGACGACUGGGAACUGCCCGAAGCCGGCCGCUGCGGACCCGGCUGCCCUAGCGGGACUGAAGCGGAGGCGUCGCCAUGA